AUGCAGGGAGGGUUUGGAGGCACCACCGGCUUUGGACAGACAAGUGGGCUGCGGCCAGGCUCAAGCCUGCGUCCGGGUUCGCAGAUGCGGCCCGGCUCGCAGUUGCGCGGGACGCAGGUGGCUGGCGUGGGUGGGAGCCUGCAGCAGCCAGUGGCGAUUGCAGCGAAGGCACCAGUGACGCUGGAGGGCAUGCGAGCAGCUACGCGGUCUGGAAAUGCGGGGCCGGGGCGUCAGGUAGGUGACCGCAGCUACUACAUUGGCCUGCUGCGGCCGAAGAUCACGGAGCUGACGACGGAGAUUCAGCAACUGAACGAGCAGGAGAGUCUCAUCGAGAAGAACAGUUCCGUGCUUACGCAGCUGCAUCAGCGCGGCAAAAACUUGACGGAGGAGAUCACAAAGCUAAAGGGGACCCUUGCCGAUAUUAAUUUGGCUGUAGAGAAGAGUACAUCGCAGGAUGCCAAUAGCGUCAAAGAUCAGGCCACGAAGCUCACGCAUUUGAAUGUUGAUCGGCGCAAGCAGGUGGACCAAAUGUUUCUUAACGUGAAGGAGGUGGAGACGCAGACGAAGAAGAACCUGCAGAUAUUGGAAGAGGAGAUGCAGCAGCUUGAUCGCCGCAUUAUGGCGGAAAACCAGGACUAUAACCUUUACAACACCACACGGAACGAGGCCUAUGCUGUUUCAGAUGCCGUACUUAACCUUCAGCACCGGGUGCGCACAUUGACGGCGAAACAAGAGCUACACAUGGCACAGCUCGCCACAGACACGGACAAGAGACGGGCAGCGGAGGUGCUGCGGGAGAUCCUGCGCAAACGGCAGCUACGAGAGGAACUCACAAAACAGUGUGCCCUUUCUGUAGACGAGGAGCGACAACUACUUAUCAAACAAGUGAAAACCGCCCGCAACGAUAUUGAGGUGCUGGAGCGUCAAGUGAACGAGACACGCGAUGCCCUCGGCGAGUCUAAGAGCCGCUGUAAUGCCCUGGAUGAGGAGUUAAAAAGCUACAGUGGUGAGAACCUCAAGGCAUUUCAAGAGCUACAAGAGAAGGACCGCGAGUUACAGUCCUUUAUGGAUUCCCUUCCUGAAAGGCAAAGGGAGGAAUCCGAAAAGAUUGCUACAGUGCAGUCGAACAUUUCGUUGCUACUCGAACGCAUCUCUCGGGCGCUGGAGCUACAGAAGCAGAUGCCGGCUGAGGGUGCAUCCCAUGCGUUGCAUGCGCUAGAGAGCGAGGUGGACGCGCGGCGCAAUCAAAUCGAGAGUGACCAGGUGACGCAUCAGCGCCUUGAAAGGGAGUUGCUGGACCGUAAGAUGGAGCUUGAAAAGGUGGAGAACCUAGACAUCAAAAUCAAUGCCGAGCUACAGGCACAUGCACGCAAGAUGGAAGAACAGUCGCAGGAGAUGAUCCGAUACAGCGACUUGGAUGGACUGCGCCGCAAUGUUGAAAAGCGCCAUGAGGAUCUCGUGCGGGAGCGGGCAUUUUUGGUGAAGCUUCGGGACUCCAGCAAGCAUCAGUUAAACGCCCUUAGCGCGUCCAACGAGGCGCUGCGGAAGCGCCUUAAUGAAGAAGCCGCCUUUCGCUCCGUAUCGACGCUUGAAGGGCGUCUGCGGCACUUGCGACAAUCCAACUUUUCGUUGGAGGAGUUUGUGCGGCUGAAGGGCAAAGAGAGUUAUUAUCUGGGCGCCAAGACGGACUGCCUGCGCCUUGUAGACGAGAUCAACCUGCUGCUGAAAGAUACCGACCGCACCCGCGGCAUCGGAGGAGGCCCCGUCUUGCUUUUGGGUGAACAUUAG